AUGCGUAACUGGAGAGGGAAGCGGUUGAGGAAGUUAUCCUUCAAUAAAGUGCGGGAGCACAUCGAGGUGUUCAACUCCGGGUCUGUGUCGGAUUUCAACGAACUCCAGAGUCUAAACGAUGGUAAUGGUAGUUCAAGGAACCCAUUUGAAGAGUUGAAAGUGGAUGCAUCGUACGAUAAUUUAUUGUUGUCCAUGGAGGACACAGAACUGGAGGAUAAAGUUUUGAUUAAGGAGAUCGAUGAGGCAAGUUCGCAAGAUGGGGGUGAGCCACCGCAUGCACUGCGACAAGAGGAUACGCUGACUUUGAACAGAGACUAUAUAGCUUUCUCUGAUAGCUCUGCAGGGGAGGAGGAAGAUCACAAUUCCACGGACGACGAGGUUUCUUCUGAAUCGAGCAAGAGUCCCAUGGAAAAUGCACAGCCGGAGUUCAACCCGAAUUUCCCCUGGCUUUUGAACCAAGACCAUUCACAAGAGAAACAAAUCAGCCAGUGGCUCACGCAGGAGAUUAAAGAUUUUGUCGCGUACAUAUCACCCACUGGGAGUGAGAUCAUUUCACGUAACCGAGCGGUUCAGAAGAUUCGGAAAGCCGUGAGAUCGCUCUGGCGAGACUCGGAUUUGCAUGUAUUUGGGUCAUACGCGACUGAUUUGUACAUGCCCGGUUCAGAUAUCGACUGCGUUGUGAACAGCACCUCAAUGGAUAAAGAAAACACUCAAUACUUGUACGAACUGGCUCGUCACUUGAGAGAUGAGAAUCUAGCCGUGCAGAUUGAAGUCAUCAGCCGAACAAGAGUACCCAUCAUCAAAUUCAUAGAGCCCCAUUCCAACCUCCACAUCGAUGUGUCCUUUGAACGGCUAAACGGUAUUGAGGCAGCACGUUUGAUCCGCGGCUGGCUUCGCGAGACGCCCGGUCUGCGUGAACUGGUCCUCAUCAUCAAACAAUUUCUUGCAGCAAGGAGGCUCAACGACGUCCACACGGGCGGGCUAGGCGGAUUCAGUAUCAUCUGUCUCGUCUACUCAUUUAUGAAUUUGCAUCCAAAGAUCCGGACCCAAGAGAUAGACCCUCUGGAUAAUUUGGGUGUCCUGUUAAUCGACUUCUUCGAGUUGUACGGCAAGAACUUUGCGUACGACGACGUGGCACUGAGCUUCAACGACGACCAUUUCCCCGUAUACGUACCAAAAUCACAUUGGAAGUCCUUGCUCCCGGUGAGGAACUCGUUUGCACUGGCAAUCCAGGACCCGAUGGAACACUCGAACAACAUCAGCCGGAGCUCCUUCAACAUGAGAGUGAUCAAGAAGGCCUUUGCCGGUGCGUUCGACCUCCUGACAAACAAGUGCUACGAAUUGAACAUGGCGACCUUUAAGGACCGUGUCGGCGAGAGCAUCCUGGCCAACGUCAUCAAGUACAAGGGCGAGCGGAGGGACUUUCAGGAUGAUAGGGCCUUUGUCGAAAACAGGGCAAUACUGGAAAACGAAAAGUUUCACCGCAAAAGGGCCCGGACCCUAUACCGCAGCGGGAAACCUGCUGAAGAUGUGUUCCUGGACCCCAGUGAUGACGACCUGAUCACGGGUGGCCACGACGAUACGGAAAUGUACCGUCUGGACGAACCUGCCAAGAAGAAAUUAAAGAAGAAGAAAAAGGCAACUCCCACACAAAGAACCAAAACUGUGACCCCAGUCAAGAAGAGUAAACAGAAGUCGAGCAGCAAGCACCCAAGACAGAGCAUCGACUCCCUAAUGGGCCUCUCGGACCACGACGGCGACACGGAAAGAAGCAGUGUGGAACCGACCCGCUCAGAGACCGGCAACGCAGCCAACUUGAAGCGCGCAACCGUCGACGCCCAGACACGGAGAGACUACUGGUUCUCGAAGGGCCAGGCACUCGCCAAGGGCAGCUGGUAG